UAGUUUUUUGUUUAAUGUGGCGUCCAUGUAUUCCCUUUUGGCGGCAUUAACUAAUGUAAAAUAAUUUCCUUUGAACUAAAACAAACCUAAUUUAAAGAGUUUGGUAAAAAAAAGAAAAAUCCACAAUGUCGGACGAUGACUGUGAUAUAUUCAAUAUGCCAGUUAAACGGCUAAACGCAGUGCCACAAAAGCAGUUCGCGGAGGACUGCGAAACAAUCAAACAAACUGAUUAUGAUUUUAUAAAGAAGCCAGCUACCAAACCUGCCAAGCAAGCGGAUCAAAUAAAACCAAACCCCAAACCGAAAUCGGGGAAACGAAAAAAACAAGCAAAAGAUGAGGAGAUAUCUAAGAAUAAAACGGAUGAGAUAAACGGCAUAACUGUGGAAGAGGCGCAGGCGCCCAUUGCACGCGGUGAUCUCUCACCUGUUUCCCAGUUAAUUCAUGAAAUGGAGCAAAGAAAGGAGAGGGAGAAAAACCAAGAAAUGGGAUCUUUGCCCGUGGCCAGGCGCACGCGUUCGUCCCUGGGCAAACGACAGCCCACGCCAGAAAAGAACAAAGAUGAAUUGGAAACUUCAGUACUUCCAGCUGUCGAGGCGGUGGAUCCACCCAACAAACGUCGGGGACGUGGACGUGGGCGUGAAAGCGGCCGUGGCCGUGGAAAAAAAGCCCCAUCGCAGAAUGUAGACACGAGUAGCUCAACGGCUCCGAGUAGCAUAUUUGAGCCACCUAGAAGGAAUCGGAGGCAGGCAGCUGAAGCUGCGGCUUAUUCCCGAGUCGUGGACUCCAUUGAUCUGGUUUCAGCAGUUGCUCCACGCGUGGAAGGAUUUAUAAAUUUAGACUCAGAUGAGGAGAAGGCAAUGAGUCCCGCAGAGCAUGAUGAGCCCACUGAGCAUGAUGAGCCCGCAGAGCACGCCAAAGCAGCACCAAGCUUCGAUGAUGAUAAUCCCGUUAUUGAUAUCAAUUUAAAUUGGCUCGGUGAUAUGCAAGUAUAUAAGCUAAGGCAAUACCAAAAGUUUGCGCACAUGUUCAAGGAAGUUUCGAAACGCAAUGAGGUACCCCUGGACGAAGUUGUUAUAAACAUGGAUGAUGUUUUUUUAAACGAAAUGGACUCGCCACACAGCGUCGGUCUAAGAGGCUUCCACAUAUUAAGUGGCCGCGCAAUGAAGUCGCAUAAAAGUCAAAUAAGGGAAGAAGUUAAUCCAAAGCCAAAGAAAUUCCAAUUGAAAAUACAAAGUGAUAAAUGGAAGCAGCCAUUGAUAAUUCCUAUGAAAAAAACAGAAACAUUUAAGAUACUGUACAUCAAAUGUGCCGAACAUUUAGAAUGUGAUGUUCAGGACUUCAAGUUGUUUUUUGAUGGCGAGUUACUGGAAUUUGAUGAUACGCCCAAGGAUCAAGACAUGGAAGGCAAUGAAAUAAUUGAUUAUCGUUCAAAGUGAUGGAAUCUCCGUUUGGUAUAUUAGAAUUUAGUAUUGUUGCAGUUAAAUUACCUAUAAAGUAAGAUUUAAUUAUGUUCUUUACAAUAUGUUAAAAUAAAUGCAAGUCUUUGUGUAAUGUUUUAAGACUA